CAAAGAUCACUCCUCUAGACUAUAACAAACUGUCUUAUAGAAGUCUGUAUAUUUUGUUGAAACCAGUAUGUUGUCAUUUGAUGCUGCGUAUAAUGUUCAAAUGACUUAUUCAGCUUGAGCCAUCUUAUUAAAUUGUGUCACUUUGAUAAUGCGGUAGGUCCUUGUUGACCAAUGUGAGCGGUUUGUUUUCAAGCCAAUGCUAUAUGAACUUUUAUCUGGAGGUAUGAAGAUAUGACACUACAGAGGGUGGAUCAUGAUGUACAGCUUUUGCAAUACAUACCAGGUUCUUUCAUCAAGGAAAGUUGAGCUGCUUCUGGGUUACUUUGUACACAAUAUAAGGAAGUCCAGCGAUGCUGAAGAUUCUUUCUGUUUCAGUGGAAACUCUGAAGAUCCUGAAAUGCAGAAAAAGAGUGGACCGACUAAGGGGUUUGCGGCAGAAGAUGAUGUUGAGACAUUUAUAUUGGAACUUCAACCUGCUCAAAGGGGACUACGAAGUCAAAUUCUGGAGGCGGAUUUGGUCCUAUGGACUGUGGGCUCUAAGCCUUCACUUCCCGAAUUAGAACCUUGGGAUAAGCCGCAUGAGCUUCCUUUGACUGCCCAUGGUCAAACAGAAACUGAUGAAACUCUACGUGUCAAGGGCCACCCACGCAUUUUUGCCCUUGGUGAUUCUUCUGCAUUAAGAGAUUCAGAUGGAAAGAUUCUUCCAGCCACCGCUCAGGUUUCAAAACUUGGGCGAGAUGAUGACAUUGGGAAGAAAUGAUGCUGCAAUUUCACCAAGUUUCAUUGAUGGAUUAACUCUGGAAGGUCCAGUUGGACAUGCAGCGAGAAAAUUUGCACAUUUGAUAAGAUUGCCCACGGAUGAGCAUCGAAUUAAAGUGGGAAUGAGUUGGCUUGCUAAGUCUGCCAUAGAUUCAGUCACAUCACUUCAGGGCACCCUUACGAGAGUUCUUGCGGGCUAGCAAAUCAUUUUUUCAUCCAAGCUCUACUUUUUUUUUUUAAUUAAACCAUUGGCAGUUUUUACCUUGCUUUGUGGCCACUUUGGAGGAAAAGGAAUUUGACAAUGGUAACUCACCAGUUGUGCAGGUCUACAACCUGAUAGUCCACUUCUAGAUAACAUGUAAUUAGAAGUUCCUAUUGAAGAUGAAU